AUGGAUAUCUAUCGAAAAUUAUUAAAUCCAAUAUAUGCAAAUAAUACAUUAUUAACCAAGCAAUGUCUACAUAUAAUUGAUAUAAGUGUUAUCCUACAAGAGAUACUGUUAUCAAAUCGAUUGGAGGAGAAUAGGAAUAACUCAAAUUUGGAUGUAAAUACUGGUGAUAUCAUCAAAAGAUAUAUCAAAGAUAAGAUGGAUGAACUUCUCAACAAUACUACAGCACUAGAUCAUUCAAAAUCUAUACAACAAAAUAUUGGUAUUUUCAUCGAUAAUAUAUCUAGUUUAUAUGAUUUAGGAGUUAGUUUACGAGAACUGGAAUAUUUAUUAUCUAAUUGGUUUUACUCUCCUGAUUCAAAUACCAAUAUUUCUAAUUUAUUAGUUAGUAUAGGUGUACAUGUUGGUGAAAAUUUUCAAGAUUCAAUUACUUCAGAAUUUGAACCUGGAUUUAUACAUUUCAUUGAUUUAUGGAGGUCACGAGCUUCAAUUAUCCUAGAGAGCAAGCCAUUAACAACAGGUUAUACGUCAUUAAUUGAUGGUCAGCUCAUAUGUUGGAAACGUUCAACGCUGGAUAGGCUAAAUUGUAAGAAUAAUAUUACAUCAAGUGUAUACCAUUUUCAUGUGGAAGGAAAACGUAUCAAUUGUUAUACUCCUGGAACAUCUAAAUUACUAACAUGA